UAGAUUAAUUAGAUGGAAGGUUAGGUAUUUACAGUGCAAUCCUGACGACACUCAAAUAGAAAGCUCUAAAUUUAGUCCUUGAAAGCAUUUCUAAUAAUCAACAACUCUCUAAAAUCACGUUCCAUUGUUAAAGCCCAACCAAACAACACAUCAUGAUUGAUGACAUGCAAAUUCGAAACCUCAUAUAUCCUGAUCUGUAAGAGAAAUUCAUUCUCGGCCAUCAAUUGGUCAGCAUCUUAUUUCUGGUCAACAUCUCAACAUGCCUAUAAAGGUCUCAGCAUUAUCUGCUUCGAAUUCCAACAGAAGAGGUAAUAAUAUUAAUAAUAAGGAGGAAGGGUUUGGCAGCAUCCUGUCACAAAGAUGGAUUCCAAGGUCUCUUCCCUCCUCUUCAUUGCAAUCUUGUGCUUAAUCUCCUCAACCUCCACGGCCUUCAACAUCACCAAGAUCCUUGGACAAUACCCUGAGUUUGUUGGCUUCAAUGAUCUCCUAACCCAAAGCGGGCUCGCCAAGGAAAUGAGCAGCCGAGAAACCAUCACUGUGCUUGCUCUCGAUAAUAGCUCGAUUGGUGGGCUCAAUGGAAGACCCUUGGACAUUGCCAAGAGGAUCUUGAGUGCGCAUGUAAUUCUUGAUUACUAUGAUCAAAUAAAGCUUUCAAAACUUAAAAAGGCCAGCACUAUCGUCACCACCUUGUACCAAGCUAGUGGCGCUGCAGAUGAUCGACAAGGUUUCUUGAAUAUCAGCAGAACUGCUGAGGGAAUCAAAUUCGGUUCAGCAGUGAAAGGUGCUCCUCUCGUCGCAUCACUUGUGAAACCCGUAUACGCACAGCCUUAUAACAUUUCGGUGCUCCAAGUCAGCGAACCUAUUGAGGCUCCAGGGAUUGAGAACAUGGCUCCUCCACCACCGCCUGCUGCCGUUCCCAAGAAGGCACCAGCUCCAACUGCCAAAUCUCCUUCCAAGGCUCCUGCACCAUCCAAGGUGGAACCAUCCACUCCAACUGAAUCACCGACCGAGGGGCCAGUGGCUGCUGAUGGGCCAGCAGCUGAUGUACCCACAGCCUCUCCAUUGGCUGACGCGCCAAUGGCAGAUGAAACUACUGCUGAAGCUGCUUCUUCACAAAUGCAUGCUGGUGGUGCCGUCGUGGUGAUAGGAUUGUUGGCCUGCAUGAUGGGUUUUUGAAAGGCAACCAAUAGAACAAGGCAGAAGAAAAACUAGGUACAAGAAUGGAGAAAACCGAAGCUGGAUAGCAUGGAAGUUAGCACAAGAAUCAAUGUCUUUUGUGCUGCAUUUGAUUGCAUCCCCCUCCGAUCACCUCAAUUUGAAAUGAAGUUGGAGGCCUAAUGGGGGCAUACAAGUUUAGUCUGAUUUAUACUUAUAGAUUUGCAAAUUCAAAUUUUUUACAUGCUUUAUGAACAUGCCUCGAUUUUUCAUCAAGCACAAUUUUUUUUCUAAAGAUGCUGUGCAAGUCAGCCCGUUUGUAGCUAAAGCGUCCAGUAUCCUGCCCGAGGGCAGUCGUGCCUUAUUGUUGUCAAGAUUUCACAGCAAUUUGACAGAAAUUAUAUGAUCUGGAGUCUUUGGUUAACAAUCUUACUUGAACAUUCUGAUGAAAAUCAGAAAACCAAAUCGAUAAAAGAAAUUGUAAAAUCAAGCUCCACAAUCAAGACAAUGAUCAAACAUCGAUACGAAGAGCCACUUUCCUGAAUUCAUUAGCUGUGGUAAAACAUUUCAAAUACACAAACAUGAAUCCGCUUGUCCGUACAGGCUCAUCAUAUGAGCUAGUCAAGAAUAUCCAAAAUGGCUGUAAGGCUCACCUUAACAGAAUCGGAAGAAUAAUUAGGAAAUGCACUAUCAUUAAUCCACACCUACGAUCAGUGCUCUUUAAAUGUUUUGACCAUUGAACCAGAUUAACUUGGUUAACUUUCGAUGAAACCCCCC